UAAAAGCAACUUCAAAGUAAAAAAAUCACUUCGCUUGAACACAAUGUCACAACAUUCUCACGUCGUCGAAGAGUCUCUCCAAGAGAACGAAGAGACUAAGAAUGAAGAGAAACCCGAAGAUGAACCUGAAUUGAAUCAAAGGCUUUCCUCUGAACAUGAAGAAGAAGCUGAUAAAGAAGAAGCCGAGGAAGAAGAAGAAGGAGAGGAGGAGGAGGAAGAAGAAGAGACUGAGGAAGAAGAAGAAGAAGAAGAAGGAGAGGAGGAGGAGGAAGAAGAAGAGGAAGUGGAAGAGAGGUAUCUGAUGGUAGAUUUAUCUUCAUUACGGAAAGAAAUCGAAUGCCCUAUCUGUCUGGGCAUCAUUCGUAACACAAGUACUGUAAUGGAAUGCAUGCAUCGCUUUUGCAGAGACUGCAUACACAAGAGCAUACGACUUGGUAACAACGAAUGUCCUGUCUGUCGUGCACAUUGUCCUAGUCGAAGGUCACUAAGAGAUGAUCCAACCUAUGAUGCUUUGAUUCAAGUUAUAUGUCCAGAUAUUGACAAGUAUGAGAAAGAGGAAUUGGCUUUGAUGAAACAAGAAUUGGAUCAGCCUAAUAAGAAGGCGCCUUAAAAGCUUCAGAUGCAUCCGAUGUUGUGGGAUUGGUAGGGUGGCACUUUGUGUAACUUUGAUGAAAUACUUUUGUUACUGUGCACUAGUUUACAACAGCCACACCAUAUUAAACAUUCAAUACUUUUGUGAGUGGACAGUAUUGUUAUGGUUUGAAACUAUUAGAUCAAUAUAUAUUUGUGUUUUAUUAGAAUAUUAA